UUUCACAUUCGAUUCUGACUGUGAGAAUUUUGCCAGAUUCUGUUUUGGAAUUAUAUUGGAUUUCUUCAAUUGGUGAUACGUCCAUUCAGAAAAAAAUAACUGUAACUUUUUUUCUCAGCCAUAGAUUAAAUAUUCUCUCAAUGACUUGCACAAAAUAAAAAGUCGCAAGAACUUUCUAUAUAAUUAUGAAGAAAAAUUAUUUGUUUGCCAUCUGGAAACUUGAAUACACUUUACACUUAUGUUGAUUUUAUAAAGAGAUACGAGUAUAUCAGUUUCGAAAUUGAAUGAGAAUAAUACUUUAAAAUUAGUGAUAUAUAAUUUCAUACAUAAAUUUAAGAUUCAUAUUUUUUUGGAUUAAUUACAUCAUUAUCAUUGACUCAUACCCUUUCAUGAACUAGCUAUGUAGUAAAAGAUUUUGAGUGAAAUAAAUUUAUUUAAAAGUUCUCAAAAAUAUCAACAGAAAUUAUACCACAGAAAACCGAAGAGCUUAUAUGCUUAUAGUGUAUAAGUAUUUGCGUAUCAUCAAAUUUUUUUUUUUUAAUUUAAAGCAAAAAUCCAGAAUAUUUAAUUUUUCCAUAGACCUAUAUAUAAAGCAAUUUCCAGUUAGAUUCCGUCAGUUAACUUAAGCUUCGAGUGUUGUGAGAAGAUUUGUGGAAAAAUGAAAUUUAAAUAUCUUCGAGAAGCUGAAGGGGAGAAUCUGUUUCAUUCGCGCCACGCCUAUAAAUAUCUGGACUAUAUGUUGAGAAAUUUGGGCUGGGGCUCGACCGCGUCAUAUAGCUAUAUGAAAAAGCAACUCUAUAGAGUUUGGACUGGUUUGGUCGUGGCUUUUACUCUAUAUGUUCCGGUCCUAUUCGUACAGUCUCUGAUGUGGACCAUAGAUAUCUCCCAUGCCGAUACUCUAUUCACCUCUCUGGAAGUGUUUUUCAAUGCACCCGCCUAUACGAUCAAGUCGACAAUAAUGCUCCUGAAUCGAUGGCGUGUGGAUAAGGCCAAGGAUCUGUUGGACGUGAUGAGCGAGCGUUGCGUCACAUAUGAGGAAAGAGUCGAAGUUCACAAAUUGGCGACUCGCUGCAAUUAUAUUAUAUUUGUAUAUCAUGUGAUAUAUUUUAUACCGACUUCUCUGAACUUGGCCUAUGCCAUCUCCACGGGAAUACCGCCAUUGAACUUAUAUAAUCCCUUUGUGGACUGGCGUGACGGUACUCGCAGCUUAUGGAUCGCCUCGAUUUUGGAGUAUUUUCUACAGGUAUUUGCCAUCUAUGCCACCUUGGCACUCGAUGCUACGCCUUUGAUAUUCGGAUUGACUGUAAGGGCCUAUAUCAAGUGGCUCCAUGUAAGGGUCGAACGAUUGCGAAUGCAGACUGAUAUGACUGAAGAUGAGAACUACGAGGAACUAGUGCUAUGCAUCAAGGAUCAUAAACUUAUUUUAGACUACUGUGAGAACAUGCAUCCUCUGAUCUCUCGCACAAUGUUUGUUCAGUAUGCGACUGUAUCCUUGGUGCUGGCUUCGACUCUGAUUCAUUUGGUUUCAUUUGCUGACCUGAUAUCGGGCAUUACGACGGCUAUAUAUAUGACGGCUAGCUUGUUUCAAACUUUCCCAUUCUCGUAUACGUGCGAUCUGAUUGUUGAGGACUGUGAAAAUUUAGCCUUGGCCAUAUUUCAUUCGCACUGGAUGGGCUCCAGUCGACCCUAUAAAUCGGCUCUGGUAUAUUUCAUACAUAAGGUACAACAGCCGAUUAUCUUUCUUGGCGGCGGGGUCUUUCCCAUAUGCCUGAACAUAAAUAUUCAGGUAGCGAAAUUUGCAUUUUCGCUGAUGACUUUUGUACAACAAAUGAGCAUAUUCGAAAACUUUGAGAAGUAAUCAGAGCAAUAUAUGUUUUAAUUGAAUUAGUUUUGGAUGAAUUAUAUACAUUCUUUCUCACAUAAUUAACACCAAUUCAUUGUAAUUUUAUAUUUAAUGCACCUCCGACACUUUUUGA